UCUUUUAAGACGGGCCCCUGGGCGGCCUUGCGCCGAGCGCUCGGGGUUGUGCUUUGCAGACGUUCCCUGGUUGGGGUGUGUUGUGUAUUGGCAGUGGGGCGGCUCCGACUCCCUGACGCCAGUGAGACCAGAUCAAUCCAGGCUGCCGUGCAGGAGGAGGAGGAGGGAGCCUCUCAUCCCGGGCUGCUGCUGGAGGCAUGCGAGCGGCUUCUCUGCAUCGCUGUACACCCCGACCCGCUGCUCGGUGACUGAUCGCACGGCAGGGCAGGAGAUGCUGCUGGUUUACUGGGACAUUGAGACUGUGACUCCCGUACUGGAAUUGGUCUUCUAACCAAGAUACAAGGAACGGAAGCAUCAGUAUUUCUAUAAGGUUGGACCGGACAAUUUUCUGAGCCCUCUUUGACAUUUGGGCUAGUCACAAUGAAUGUGACCAGCUUAUUUUCCUUUACUAGCCCUGCCGUGAAGAGACUGCUUGGAUGGAAACAGGGAGAUGAGGAGGAAAAAUGGGCUGAAAAAGCAGUGGAUGCAUUAGUAAAAAAGCUUAAGAAGAAGAAAGGAGCCAUGGAGGAGCUGGAGAAAGCCCUGAGUUGUCCUGGGCAGCCCAGUAAUUGUGUCACCAUUCCCCGCUCUCUAGAUGGCAGGUUGCAGGUUUCACAUCGAAAGGGCCUCCCACAUGUCAUUUACUGUCGAGUGUGGCGCUGGCCGGAUUUACAGAGCCAUCAUGAACUCAAGCCCUUGGAAUGCUGCGAAUAUCCCUUUGGCUCUAAACAGAAAGAAGUCUGCAUUAAUCCUUACCACUACAAGCGAGUAGAGAGCCCUGUACUCCCUCCAGUCCUUGUUCCAAGACACAGCGAGUACAACCCCCAGCAUAGUCUUCUGGCUCAGUUUCGUACCAUGGAGCCCAGCGAGCCACACAUGCCACACAACGCCACUUUUCCAGAUUCUUUCCAGCAGCCGAACAGCCACCCGUUUCCACACUCGCCCAACAGCAGUUAUCCAAAUUCUCCGGGAAGUAGCAGUACCUAUCCCCACUCUCCAGCAAGUUCAGAUCCAGGAAGUCCCUUCCAAAUCCCAGCGGACACCCCUCCUCCAGCUUAUAUGCCUCCUGAAGAUCAGAUGACCCAGGACAACUCUCAGCCAAUGGAUACAAACAUGAUGGUGCCUCCCAUCUCUCAAGAAAUCAAUCGAGCAGAUGUUCAAGCUGUUGCUUACGAGGAGCCAAAACACUGGUGUUCUAUUGUCUAUUAUGAGCUGAACAAUCGAGUAGGAGAGGCGUUCCAUGCCUCCUCCACAAGUGUGCUGGUGGAUGGUUUCACCGAUCCCUCCAACAACAGGAACAGAUUUUGCCUUGGGCUCCUGUCCAACGUUAACCGUAACUCCACUAUUGAGAAUACCAGGCGGCAUAUCGGGAAAGGUGUCCAUUUGUACUAUGUUGGAGGCGAAGUAUAUGCAGAGUGCUUGAGUGACAGCAGCAUCUUUGUUCAGAGUCGGAAUUGUAAUUACCAUCAUGGAUUUCAUCCUACAACUGUAUGCAAGAUUCCAAGCGGAUGCAGCUUGAAGAUCUUCAACAACCAAGAGUUUGCUCAGCUUUUGGCCCAGUCGGUAAACCAUGGAUUUGAGACAGUCUACGAACUUACCAAGAUGUGCACUAUUCGGAUGAGCUUUGUUAAAGGAUGGGGUGCAGAGUAUCAUCGCCAGGAUGUUACUAGCACCCCCUGCUGGAUUGAGAUUCACCUGCAUGGCCCUCUUCAGUGGCUGGAUAAAGUACUUACUCAGAUGGGCUCCCCCCAUAACCCAAUCUCAUCUGUCUCCUAAAUGGAACUGGACAUUUCUGGAUGCUAUGGAGCCGUGCAUGUACUUGAAGGACGUAUGCAUCAGACACAUACUGGCUGAAGGAGGGGACUUUUUUUUCAUUUUUUCUUUUUAUGUAUACGGUUUGGGAGCCUCUAAUACUUGAUGUUUGUGACCAACUCAACAUGAGAGGGGAAGAGGGUCCCUACUAUGAGAUGUGGCUCAAUUUUCACAGCAGCUAAUUCUAUAUUUUUUUUUUUUUU